AUGUCGAGCAUUGUGCCCAGUAAUAAUAAUAACAAUGGCAAUAAAUAUGAAAGUCUUUCAAAUGAUUUCAACGAAAAUUCUGCUGAAGAUGAAAUUAAAAAAGAUGAAGUGUUGGUACCGAAUAAUGGAAUUUUGAAGAGAAGUGAUUACCAACAACGAGCACGUUUAGGCACGAUGCGAUUCGGCAAGCGGGAUGCAUCAAAUCCGCUUGGAACGAUGAGAUUCGGUAAAAGAUUCUAUCAGAACGCUGAUCAACAACAACUAUAUGAUAACAACAACGUUGCAAUGCUUAAUCAUGCCUAUUUAUAUCGCCUGAUCAACAACAAUGUAGCAAAUAUCAGUCCAUUUGCUAAUAAUGACCACUUCAUCAGAUAUAAUAAUAAUAAUAAUAAUAAUAAACGCAACAGUCCUUUGGGAACAAUGCGUUUCGGUAAGAAACGAGCUACCGGCAGUGCAGUUGGACCAUUGGGUACGAUGCGCUUUGGUAAGAAACGUUGA